AUGGAAAACCACAUCCUGUACAUUGCCAAAGAAGCCAGUAUCUAUCAUCGCCUUGACCUGCAUGAAAGGCUAGUACGGAUGUUGGAUCACUCCAGGGAUGGCCUUAUUCUUGAGUAUAUGGAAAACGGUGACAUCAAACCGCGGAAUUUCGUUUUGGACUCAACGCUCAAUAUCAAAAUCAUUGAUUUCUCUGGCUCUUCGCUAGACGGGUCUAGACCGGCCUCUGGUGAGGGAACUCGAUUCUAUCUCCCACGACAUUGGAGAGACCCACCUACCGUGGCUACAGAUCUGUUUGCGCUCGGGUCGACUCUUUACGAGGUUUUUCAGGGGACCAGUCCCUACGAGGAGAUUCCUAGCGAUCAAGUGGAAGAAAGAUUCAAGAGAAAGGAGUUCCCUGAUGUUUCUGCUAUUCCAUACGGACAGAUCAUCAACCAGUGUUGGUUGUCCCAAGUCGAUUCAGCUGAACAUGUGCAGGCUUUCAUGCGAGAUGUAAUUCGUAGCGAGCUCAACGCCGACCAUAUCCCUCAUUUCGAUGGUUAA